CUGAAGAGUCGCAAUCUGUUACUCAUGCCCGCGCAGCUGUGCUCCGCCUAACACUGUACUUUACACAUGCCGUCUCAUUCCUCACCUAGUUUUCGACCUGGAGUUGCUGGUCAAUUUGAUUCCUCACACCCUCAUUUGAUUUCGCACAUAUCACUUCAGGACAGGUCAGAAUCGCUAUCGAAACCAAUGUAUGAAGAUAUGAAGAACAUCCAAUAUUGGAUCACAGCAGUCAAUUCGGUCAGUGCUCGAAUGAAAUGAAGUUGCUACCUGACUUAUCGUAAACCAAACUUGUUAGGGGGAGAAGCCUGAUACUGACUCCAAAGUGCCCUCGUCACCUGACAGCAUCUUUGCGCAUCCAUUUAAUUCCUGUGGCGAUUGCGGUCCUUGUGAUCUCCAGGAUGACGAAUACGGAUCCUGCGAUGGUCUGGAUGGUCUGGUGACUUUUGAUAUAAGUCCUUGGCUAGCCCACCAUAUGAAGUCUCUUUCGGACAACAGUGAUGACACCACUGCGAGCUUUACCGUCCCUGAUGACGAAGCCGCGGCGCAAUACAUUAACAUUGCUUGGGACAGUCCUUGGUACCGUUUACCUGGGUCCAGCAGUCCAAUUUCAUCUUCGCCUCUCCCAGAUUCCUACUCUUGCGCAUGUUCGCCAGACGUUCGGCAAGCUAUGGCGCAACAAGAGCUUUUGCUUGACUUUUUCCACGAGGAGUUGCGCCGGAUCAUCCCGGGUACUCACGAUUAUAACUCUGCUUGGUUAGAAGAUGUUGACCCAGACCUGGUUCUUUCACCGGUCCAAAGCUAUGAGGAGCUGUGCUGGCAAUCAGCGGUCUUUGACACUCACAAUCUUCGCCCUGAUGUGCCUGUAGGGCUUGGGGAUUAAGCUUAUUGGGAAUUUUAAGAGGUUUGCUGAGCAGGGACAUCGAUGUGGGGUAACUUUUGGGGUUUCUUUCGUUGUAUCAAUAUAUCAGGCUCAACUUUUGUACUGUUAUAUACUGCCAUCCUUUCUUCGCGUUCAUUUCAAGUUGUUUACAAAUUCGCUUCCACCUCUCCUCCGAGCUCGUGUGUAAUAUUACUGUUUGUGCUGCUUUCCUUUGACAUACAAGAACCUCCCACACUCUAAACCAGCUUAUCGUUGCUCGCUUCCUCAGCUCGCCUCAGUUGUUCGCGAGAUAAAUCCAAAUCGUUCGAGUUGAAGACAGAUUUUUGCAUAUACUUACAAAUGCGUUCGCUGAAUCUGAAUGAUAUGGACCGUAA